AUGUUUCCGCCCGCCUAUACAUUAACCAUCCUCGUCCUCACAUUGUUACAAUUCUCAUUCGACAAGAACUUCAAGUCGGUGUGCGAGAAGAACCUCAACAAUCAGGUAUGUUGUAAUUGGACACCAUGUAUAACUCGUUUAGACAAGUGACACUUCCAGUUGUCUAAAUAACCAAAACAGAAGAGAGAUACGGCAGUUGACAGACAGCGAGUUGGAGUUCUUUAUCAGUAAAUACAAUGAUUACCUCGUGCGGAAUAACACUCAGCAAUGGAACGAAGACAUCAGCGAGCUAGGCGUCGUUCAAAUGUAAGAACUUUUGCCCUAUUAUAAUUCGUUUUUUUCAAUAAAAAUCCUAAAAUAAACUUUUUUGUUUAAAAUUUCUCUAAUAAACCUUAAAUUCAAUUCCAGUUUCGACGAACUGCUGGGAGACCGUCUUCUGACGCCUUACUGGGACUACCGCAUAGAACUAAACCUUUCUGAUCCAACGUGGAGCUCCAUUUGGAACGACUCCAAAUUCGCAGACGUCUCAGAAGCCGUAGAUGCCCAAUGGUUAGCCGAAAUAAUCAACAGUGAUGUGCAAGAAGACUCAAACGACUUCUUCGACGAUCCCAACAUCGGACUGUGGAAGCGCAGAGAACGGGCACUCAACGUGAUGCGCACCGUGAAAGGGAACGACGUCUUCUGGCAUCUCCUAGUCCUGGUUUCAAUUGAAGCUGGUGUUGAUCAACAAAACCUAACGAUAACCAAAAGUUCUUGUAAUAGCUACGAAGGCCUAUAUUGGAACAACACACAUUGUGUACCGUAUCUUCGUGAUGGAGCUUACUGUAAAAUAAAACGAGAAUGUCACAGUAAUUUAUGUCUUGAUAAUUACUGCGGUAACAUUACAAUUACAAUAACUUCCACAACAUCAACUCCAAUCACGACGACAGUUAUUUCAGCAGUAGAAACUACACAGAAUCAUAUUCUAGAGAAUGUGACAAACUUGGCAGAAGUCAGUCAACGUCACUUUCCCUGGCUGACUACAGAAUUCCUAGCCAAAGAACUGACACCUCCAAAACAGAUGAAAAACAAGUUCAAAGCAGAGAGAAAGCCAAAGAAACACAAGAAAAAGAAGAAGAAACAGAAGGAAACAUCCACCGUAGCUCCAACUGAACCUGCCUUCAAUGAACAGAUUCCUCCAACGACGCUACAAACCGAGCCCACGAUUUCCAUGGUAAUGCCUUCUGACGCCGUCAACGAAACCAACGCCCCAAUCGAGCCAGAAAAGUAUUCAGAAGACACUUUAGACGCACUGCUGGUCUACAUGCCAAAGCCAAAAGAGCCAGCUGGCAUGAUACCGUGGACUAACAGAAUGCCAUUCAAAAUGGCCUACUUUUCUUUCACCGUCAUAGAAGGAAGUCUGGGCAAGAACAGGAAGCUGAAGGAGAAGGGGACCAAGAGAGCCAAAGGGGCCAGGAUCUACGUCAAAGGACUGGAAAUGCCUUCUGGAUACAAACAAAUCACUCAGGUUAGUGGAAGUCAGUUGGAUAAUUAACUAUAAUAUACUGCUGGCAAUAAGUUUUGGGGCACCCCAUAUCUCAGUUUGUACAUGACAGAUUUUCAUAAAUUUUUACAUAGAGGUUGUAAUAGAGAUGUACAAUUGAUAUUAGUAAGAAAUUUGUCAAAAUCAAAAUUGACAUUUUGUUACACUUGUAAAAAAAUAUUUUUGCUAUGAAAAUCUGGCAAAAAGUUUUGGGACACAGUAAUUUAUGUUGCGAUAAGGUCGAUGUAUUAGUUUAAACUACUUUAAAUAUCUAUUACGUUUUGUUAAGGAUACAAUUUAAUGGUCACUUUGAUUUUGUUUUGCUCCGUUGUAGGAUUCUGAGGCUUAACGUCAAGUUGGUCAGGUACAUCAACAUCGAUAUUAUAAACUUUGUAUUUAUUCCUAAUUAUGAAUUAAAUUUAAUAUUUAGCUCAUAGUAAGUGCUGUAGAAACUUUUUUAACUUUGUGACAUUUUACAGUGACUUCAGAAGUAAGCACGUAUAUUGUCUUAGGUACCCCCACUGACUUUUAGAUACCAGUAGCUUCUUAGUUUAGAAAAAGUAACAUAAAAAGCAAUGUUUAAUACAACUACUACACUAUUAGCAACAUAUUAAAGGACAAUAAGUAUUUGUAUUAUCCUUUUCUAGAUGUUUUGUUGACACUUUUAUAUAAAAAUUAGGGGAAAGGAUAAAGUGAUUUUUUCAAAUAAUUUUUUAUGACUUAUGUACGGCUUAUAUUAGUUAAUUCAGACCUCUAAAAACAUUUUAUACUUGGAUUUGCAUUAUUAAGACAAAAAAAAACAAUUACACAUACCAUGGUCGUGAUGUAGUACUUGGGGCUAUGUACGAUGCAGUGCAUUUUGAUAUAAAAUCGUCAAAAUACCAUCUAGAAAAGGUUGGUACAAGCACUUAUCGUAGUUUUAUACGUUGAUAAUAGUGUAGUGUGUUGCAUUAAACAUUGCUUUUUAUGUUACUUUUUGUAAACUGAAAAGCUACUGGUAUCUAAAAGUCAGUGGGGGUACCUAAGACAAUAUACGUGCUUACUUCUGAAGUCACUGUAAAAUGUCACAAAGUUAAAAAAGUUUCUACAGCACUUACUAUGAGCUAAAUAUUAAAUUUAAUUCAUAAUUAGGAAUAAAUACAAAGUUUAUAAUAUCGAUGUUGAUGUACCUGACCAACUUGACGUUAAGCCCCAGAAUCCUAUAACGGAGCAAAACAAAAUCAAAGUGACCAUUAAAUUGUAUCCUUAACAAAACGUAAUAGAUAUUUAAAGUAGUUUAAACUAAUAUAUCGACCUUAUCGCAACAUAAAUUACUGUGUCCCAAAACUUUUUGCCAGAUUUUCAUAGCAAAAAUAUUUUUUUACAAGUGUAACAAAACGUCAAUUUUGAUUUUGACAAUUUUCUUACUAAUAUCAAUUGUAAAUCUCUGUUACAACCUCUAUGUAAAAAUUUAUGAAGAUCUGCCAUGUACAAACUGAGAUAUAGGGUGUCCCAAAACUUAUUGCCAGCAGUAUAUUGUAAAACAGUCAUUUAAAACCAAAACCUUCUAAAGUAUUGAAAAUUGUAAACUUCAAAAUUUAAAAUUCGAAUUUUCAGGGAAAACAACUUCGAAGUGGCAUCGGAUCUUUGGCCAGAACCCUCCACCCAGACAACAAUGGACCAUUCGUGGAGUUCAAGAUGAGAGUGGAGAACAGAUACGGCAUAGCGUGUAAGCAAAUGUGUCUAGAUGCACAUCACCGCUACAGAAGAUGUGCACGGAAGACGAUACGAAUCAGUCCGUACAAACGAUUCGGAGACCCAAUACCAUACUACGAGAGUGAACAACGAGCAAUAGAAGGACAGUUCACAGGGAAAGGGUACUACAAGAAGAGAAAGCUGACGCAUAUUCUAUUUAAGUGUGAAUAA